GUCUCGUCGACCGUCAAUAUCGUUCCUUCCAGUAGCGGGCUCAUUUUCCCACAACCAGCCCUCGCCCCGCCUCCUUCUUCCGUCCUUCACCCUGCCCAGCGAGCCCAUACGCUUCUUUCCACCCGUUCCACUGCCCGAAGCCACCGUCGGCCACAAUCCGCUUCCGCGCUAGUCACCGUGCCCACCGGGCUGUUGAGUGCGUUAGAGACCACAAAGGGCAUCCUAUCCAACAGAUGCUGCAGCGGCAAGAACCAGCAUAGCUUCCGACUCUCUUUCAAAUAUACGUAAUCUUUGCCCUCGACGUCGCCGCCCCUAUAACACUCCUUCCAACAACAACCUGCAGCGCCAUACCCCGGCCACUUCCUUAGUCGUAGCAGUCUCCACGAGCCAGUCCACGGCCUUCCUGCCUACCGUUAUACACCCUUUCCGGGUAGGAUGACCUCGGCGCUCCUACCCACUGGCCAGACUCUUAAAGGUUCCGCAAUAAUGUCCCAAGACUUUAGCAUCUAUCGCGAGCCUGCAGAUUACCAUCAUUCCCGUCUGCGUGACAACAUUAGCACAGGUGGAAGCCAUUAUGCACGUUCUGCGUCGCACGCUUACUCGGAGCCGGCUUCGUCACAAAACUUUGCAAAUUCCUCACCGUCACCGUAUCCGGCGCAGUAUAGAACUCCGGAGGAGUAUAUCGCGACGCCAGAUAGUACAGUUCCAAUACAGCAACAACAACAAGCCGUGUAUAGCAGACAGGCGCAAGCCCAAGCCCAACAGCAGCAACAGAUGUACCAGCAACAGGUCUAUGCUCAAUCUGGUCACCCCUUGUCAUCGCAGGUCGCCGGUCCGUCAUCAUAUAGAAAACCGUCAGCAAACAGUGUUCCGUCUUCAUCGACAAUACCGGAAUACCGUGACGGGCAAGCUUCAGGAAACAUGUCAAUAAUACAAGGUGUCAAUGGCCAUGGAGGAGUUGAGAGACGGGAUAGGGGGAAUCGAAUGACUGAUCCUGAUGCGGAAAACGAUGGGCGGGUCGGAGUAGAAGACCCUCGGGCCGAUCGAGUGUACACUGAACUCAAGUGCUUGGGUGACGGAUCGUUUGGGACAGUUUGGUUGUGUGAUUGGCAUUCACCUGUAAAGCCUGAUGUCUUACUAUCAGCCAUGCAGUGUGGAGCCGGAGCGAGACCGGAAUGGUCAGGAAAGAGGCUAGUCGCAUUGAAGAGAAUGAAGAGGGUUUGGGAGGGUGGUUGGACUCAGGCUAAGAGUUUAGGGGAAUUAGUAUCCCUACGGAAUAUCCCACCCCAUCCCGCUAUCAUCCCAUUAUACGACGCUUUCAUCUCCCCCAAAUCCCGCGAGCUCUACUUUGUCUUUGAGUGUAUGGAAGGCAACCUUUAUCAGCUGACGAAAUCUCGUCGAGGACGACCACUAGCUGCCGGCCUCAUCGCUUCCUGUUUUCACCAAAUAUCCUCUGGCUUAUACCACAUUCACGGACAUGGCUAUUUCCAUCGAGAUAUGAAGCCUGAAAAUCUGUUAAUAACGACAACAGGACUGGCAGAUUAUCUUACGGCUGAAGCUUUGGCGGAAAUCAACAUGGCUGGAGGAGAUAUCAACCGAGUAGGAGACUUGGCGUACGAAAAGGACGUCUCUGUAAUCGUCAAGCUUGCCGAUUUCGGUCUCGCCCGUGCGACAAACUCCAAACCGCCUUACACCGAAUAUGUCUCGACACGAUGGUAUCGUGCGCCAGAAGUACUCCUUAGGUCAUCAGAAUACGGUCCUCCCGUAGACAUGUGGGCUUUAGGAACAAUUUUGGCAGAGAUGUUGAAUCUCAAACCAUUGUUCCCGGGAGUGAGCGAGAUUGAUCAGGUCUAUAGGAUCUGUGACACGAUGGGAGACCCAAGCUCCGAGUAUGGAGUGGAUGAGAGAGGGAUGACUAUCGGUGGUGGCCCAUGGAAUUCGGGUAUCAAGUUGGCCAAGAAUGUUGGAUUUUCCUUCCCCAAGCGAAAACCGGUGAGAUUCCGAAGUCUCUUCAAUGACAGCGUCCCUCAGUCACUAGUCGACUGUAUCGCCGAUCUCUUACGGUAUAAUCCUAAAUAUCGUAUGACUGCCGCGCAAUGUAUCGAUCACCCAUACUUUCACGAAACACUUCCUCACCUUCAGCAAACUCUGCCUCUACCUCGAAUACCCUUUUCCGCUGGUCAACCCCCGCCACAUGCCAUCCCGCGCCCCACUCUCUCCACUGUCCCUAUGCCUCCACCACCAGAUGUUUCAGUGCCUGCACGAAAGUUACCCCCUUCGCAUGCCCACACACCUCGCGAGGCCAGACCCGCUUUUGCCAACGGCGAUAUCCGUACUCUUCCGCCACCGAUUGGUACACCCGACAGCCAAGCUUCGUCACAGCGAGCGUUUUUCCCUCAGCACAUCCCGCCCCAUGUUUCUUCCUCUUCACUUGUCCAUCAACUCCGAGAACUCGACUUGCCAACGGACGAUCUUGGGAGUUAUGGUCAACGUCCCCCGGAAGCCGCAGCUGCCGACGCCAGAGCGGCGCAGUAUGCGCAAUCCCCGGUGCAGCUCCACCAGUGGGUUGGAGACUUGCAGAUUGAUUCUCGUAAACCGUCGGCAGCUCAGUCUAUGAUGUAUGACAGUUCAGUGACUGAAGAGUCUCAGGGCGGGAGAUCGAACCAGUCUCUACCCAAUUAUUCCAAUGUCUCGCUGGAACAGCAGCCACAAGUUCAGGUCCCACCGCAAUCUGGGCAAUCCGCUCAAUCCUAUGGCAGGUCCAACAUCAGCGUCGCUGCGUACGUGCAGCAACAACAGCGCUAUGCCCAAGAAGCGCCCGCACAGCAAGUGACUGCUCCCGCGGCACCACCUCCUAUUGAGCCAACUGUUGGUGCGGCACGAGCUGAAAAGUUGGGUGUGACGAGCAAGAAGAAAAAAUGGGGUUUGAGCUCAGUGUUCGGUGGUGCCGAUAAGAGUACUGCCAGCUUGGCGGCUGUUGAUGAGCAUGAGUACAGUGGAACUUCACUCAAACGGACCCAGUCGGGUCACAGGACUAUCGACAGGAAUCCGUCUGUUGCAGGAUCAUCUCUUACUCUGGGUGUUCCCGCUCUGGGCAUGAACUCGAGUGCUGGUGCGUCUAGCAUAUCGGUCCUGGAUGAUCCGAAGAAGGCGAAGAAGGAAGCCGAGAGGCAGGCCAAGGAGUUGGCGAAGGCUCAACGUGAAGCGGCGGCAUUGAAGCAGAAAGAAAGGGCGAGGGCGGUCAUGCAGAAGCGAAACCAGCUCAUUGAGUCUAGGAGUCAGCUGAAAACCAAAGGGGAGAUUGAAUACUCGUCUACGAACCUUGCGUCAGAGGCACCGACACCUAAUCAGGAUACGAGGUCCAUCUACGCUAGCUCGUCAGCCAGUGUCAAUCAAAUGCGCAACUAUGCUGCUUCUCCAGUGAACCAGUCUUUACAAAGUAUUCGUUCGCAGGACUCUGGACAUUCUGGACAUUCUGGGCACUCUGGACACUCUGGUCACUCUGGUAGGAGUGGAAGGAGUGGAAGGAGCGGGCUUAAUGCAAGCGCGCUGGCUGAUUUGGAUGAGCAUGGAAGGUGGGAUGAGAUGAGGCAUAAGGCGAGGAGGAGGGACGAUGAUGAUGAUCACUCAAUGUCUAGCUUUGGGCAUAAUCCAUUGAGGAGCAGGAGUGUUUUGACUGUUGGGACUGUGGACAGCGACCCCGGACCAAGGCGGCGCUCGGAGUGGGCUGAUCCUCUUUUGCGUCGCGACAAGCGCACAACAUCCGCAUCUUCAGCUUCACUACAGUACCAGCAAUCCGCUCAGACUCUACCGUCCUUCUCCGAUAUCGCCAACUACGCCUUUGAAGGCCGAAAUAAACAGUCUCAGCCUCCACAACAAUAACCUUGUUUCCUCGCGCUCUUCUGAGAAGAAUCAACAUAGACAAACAUACAUUUCUAGCAUAUACGAAACGUUCCUCGGAAUUUAUAUUCUUCACACACAACGAAUUCCACAAUCACAAACAACUGCAUAGACAUCAAGUUGGGCCUUCCUAGCAAAAUAUAAUAAGUAUUUUUCCUAUUACUCCAUUACAAGUAUUCAUCAAGCAUUUUUUUGUAUAACAAGUAUCUUUCGUCAUGAUUAUUCUUUAUCUAUAGCAAGGGCAUGUUACCUUAUUUUGUACAGCGC